CAUAAACUUCCGGAAUUUCCUCACCGGCUCCAGCUCUUGCAUGAAACUACCGACAGUAAACAGAAAGUAUUACUAUUUAGUUGUUUAUUGUAAUUUAAAUGACACAUGGCGUCAGUUGUGAAACAAGAGCCCCAAGAACAAGUAGAAGAAACUGAUUUAGAGACAAGGAUUCUCCUUCUCUGUCAGUCUCACCCUGAAGGAAUUGAUGAUGCAACAAUUCAAGCUGACAUGCCUCAGUUUGAGGUGAAACAGAGAGUUACAGCCAUCAACAGGCUGCUGUCCACUGGGCGCAUUGACUUGUUGAAGAGUGGAUCAAAGUUGGUGUACAGGUUGAAAGAUCCAGAUGCUGCUAAUCAGGUGAAGGGUGCAGAUCACCAGGAGAAGCUGGUAUACCAAAUCAUCAAGGAGGCUGGAAACAAAGGAAUAUGGAUCAGGGAUAUCCGCUACAAGAGCAAUCUGUUAAUGACCCAGCUCAACAAGAUCUUGAAAAACUUAGAAAGCAAGAAGCUGAUCAAAGCUGUCAAGUCUGUAGCAGCCUCCAAGAAGAAGGUUUACAUGUUGUACAACUUAGAACCGGACCGGACAGUGACAGGCGGGGCAUGGUACAGUGACCAGGACUUCGAGGCCGAGUUUGUGGAGGUUCUCAACCAACAGUGUUACAAAUAUCUGGAUCAGAAGGCUGCCCAAGCAAGAGAAUCUCAGAUUGACCCUGUAGCUCAGAAAAAUGGUGCCUUUGCUCCCUCUAAAGAUGUUUGGAAGUACAUAUCAGAACUUGGAAUAAGCAAAGUCCAACUAUCUGUGGAGGACAUCGAGACAAUUCUUGACACUUUGAUUUAUGACGGCAAGGUGGAACGAACUCUUGUAGCUGCUCAAGGGACAACAGGGGACAGCGGUCAAUUGAGGCUGUACCGGGCUGUUAAACCAAUCAUCCAACCUACAGGGCUAGUGAGGAUACCCUGUGGAACAUGUCCAGUGUUUGAUCAGUGCCAUGAUGGAGGAAUUGUUUCACCUCAAACAUGUGUCUAUAUGAAGGAGUGGUUGGACAUAUGACAGGCUGUGUAUUUGUACAUUUGUAAAUAAAGAGUAACAUUUAGUAAUACA